GUUCCUCUAAAGGUGGCUGCUGUUAACCCACAGGUUGAAGAUGCCCAGCGGUCUCUCAAAGCAGUGCAAGUGGAGAAAUAUGACUUCACUGAGCAUGAUCAGAACUUCUGGUGCUACUGCUGCAAGAGGGAGGUGAAGAAACACAUCACAAAUGGGAGCCUUGCUGUGCUGUAUGGUGGGCUUCUGGAGCACUUUGUAAGCUCAGAACACUUGAAGCAAACCAACAAAUUUUGGUGGGAAAACAAAGCAGACGUCAAGUUGAAAGACAAGUUUAUUCUGUCUGAUGAGGCUUAUGAGAAGUUCAAAACAGCUGUUGCAAAGGCAGUGGAAGGCUAUGAAGAGAAGGAAGAUGAAUAUAUUAAACAGGAAGCAGAAUAUAUUCGAGAAGUGGAACAGAGAAGACAAGAAGUAGUGCAGGCUGCCUUUGAGGUUGGUUUUACCUGGAUGAGCCUGAACAGUAUCCAUGGCAACUGUUGUAUUUUACACGUACUGAUCUGUAUAUUACAUAACAAUCCUGAACAUUUUAAGUGAUGCUUUCUUGACAGUUUGUUUAAGGCUAUGCAUGGCUAAGUCAUAAGAGAGCCUCAAAUUUUUGAUUCCUGAAAGGAGGGCGAUGGUCUAGUGGUAUUAUUGAUGGACUGUUAAUCCCAGAUACUCAGGUAAUGUUCUGACCCAGGUUGAAACCUUGGCAUGGCAGAUAGUGGAAUUUGAGUGCAAUAAAAAUCAUGAGUUAACAAUCUAAUGAUGUUAAAAAUCACACAACACCAGGUUAUAGUCCAACACGUUUACUUGGAAGCACAACCACCUGAUGAAGGAGCAGCACUCUGAAAGCUA